AGCAGAACCAGCUGUAUCAGCAGCAGCAGCUGUAUCAUCAUCAGCAGCGGCAACUGUAUCAUCAUCAGCAGCGGCAGCUGUAUUAUCAGCAGCAGCAGCUGUAUCAUCAUCAUCAGCAGCUGUGUCAUCAGCAGCAGCAGCUGUAUCAGCAGCAGCAACAUCUGUAUCAGCAGCAGCAGCUGUAUCAUUAUCAUCAGCAGCUGUAUCAGCAGCUGUAUCAUCAGCAGCUGUAUCAUCAUCAUCAGCAGCUGUAUCAUCAGCAGCAGCUGUAUCAGCAGCAGCAGAACCAGCUGUAUCAUCAGCAGCAGCUGUAUCAUCAUCAGCAGCAGCUGUAUCAGCAGCAAUAGCUGCAUCAGUGAGAUUAAUGGGCAGCGGUCACUGUGCCACCAAGCACUGAGACCCCAGUAACUGUGACAGCAGAGAGAGACGUCAGGAGGUGUAUUAAUAGCAGCAGCAGCAGCAUUAUCUGUAUCAGCAUUAGCAGGAGGAUCCAGUAGAGGCGGCUUGAGCUGUGCCAGUGAAACAGCAGUCGCAAGAGGCGAUAUUAUAACUUGCAGCAGGAGCUCUACCAGGAGAGUUAAGCUGUAGCAGCAGUGGAAUACAGCCGCAGCAUUUGCAUCAACAGCAGCCGUAGCGGUAGACGCAACAGCGCCUGUAGCAAGCAAUCACAGACAACGACAUCAUCAUCAGCAGCAGCAUCAGCAGCACCAAGGCAGCAGUAGAGGAGACAGCAGGGAGGCAACAGCUGCAAGCAAUCACAGACAACAACAACAGCAGCUGCAAGCAAUCACAGACAACAACAGCAUCAGCAGCACCAAGUCAGCAGUAGAGGAGACAGCAGGGAGGCAGCAGCUGCAAGCAAUCACAGACAACAACAACAUCAACAGCAUCUGCAAGCAAUCACAGACAACAACAACAACAUCAUCAGCAGCAGCUGCAUCGCAAUGGCGAGCGACAGCAGUCUGCGUGGGGACGUGGAUCACGCGUUCUUCAGCAGCGACUCGGAGGCGGGGGUCGGGGGGCCUGGGACCAAGGAGCCGGAGACCCCGAGGGACCAACCUGGGACUGGGACCCCGAGGGCUGAGAACCACGUUGGAGGCCACACGCCUGUGCCGGUGAGACAAGUGACUUUUGGCGAGAAGAGUGACAGCGAUAGCGAGGAUGCGGAAGGUGGGGCGUCCCAAAGGGUACGGGCUGGGGAGCCAGCAAAGGAUGCGAAACUCGAUACUGCUAGUGGAGAGGACACCUCGGCAACCGGGGGCCACAAGGAGGAGGGUGACGACAUUGAGACGACUCCACGCGCGGAAGUGGAGAGCCACGAGAGCAACAGGAGCAGAGGAAGCAGCACGAGCAGCAGCAGCAGCAGUGACGAGGACAGUUCCGCGGAUGACAGAAAAUCGAUAGAUGGCAGAACAGCUCAAAAUGGUGCCAAAAUUGAAGAUGAUGUGAAAUCAGAAAAGAAAAUGGAAAAUGACGCCAAGUCGGAAAGCGAUGGAAAAUUGGAAGAUGAAACCAAAUCACAACGUGGAGCUCAAUCGCCGUCUCGUACGCAGUCAGCGGACCACGGGAAGCCUCCGGAUCAUGCGAAUUCACCAGAUGGCGCAAGGUCAAGGGGGCGGAGCAGUUCCCAGGGCAGUGCCAGAUCCUACAGAGAUUCGUCAAGUGACACCGUCAAGUCCAGAAGCAGCACCGCGUCCAAGAAGAGCAUCGCGUCACGGACCAGCGCGAAAUCCAAAAAGAGCACAGGGUCCAGAGCUCGAAGCCAGGCCUCGCAGAGCCGUGAAGAGCACGGAACCAGGGCUGGUGCCAGCAUCAAGAACGACAGUUCUAGCUCCGACGAGGAGGACCACACGGUGCCACCGGGGAAGGCGCAGGGUCUCAGGAAGCCGAGCCCAGUCGUGAAGUCGACAUCCGAUAGCCUAGAUGGUGGCCCACGAUCGCCGCGGCAGGCGAAGGCGUCCAAGAAACAAGACAGGAAGGCAGACAUUUGGCAGGCUCCUGCAAUCUGCUCUACGGCAAAACCGGUGAAAACGACAAAGCAGUCAUCCUCUUCGGCCAUCUCCUCCUCGUCCACUCUGUCACCUCUCUCAUCCGGUGUGGAGGGUCAGUCGGGUGGUGGGUACCGCAGCUCGCGCGUGCUCAGCGAGGCUGAGGAUCUCAACCACCUGCUCAAGGCCGUAGUUGCUAUGGAGACACGGCCCAAGACUCGGCGGGCACCUGGAGAGGGCAGCUCGGCCACCAGCCGAGUCCUGCGGGCGAGUGCCUACGGCAACGUGCGCCGUCCACUGCGCUCCAACUACUCGUUCAGCGAGGAGCAGGUGCGCAGAAUCGACCGCGACAACCAGCGACUGCUUGAGCGCCUAUGCCACCUGUCCCUGCCACCACUGCCCCCGCCCGUCCGCCGUGCAGGAAGUGGGAGUGUCGUUAUGGUUCCCAGCAGACCGUACCACACAGCUGUGACGCGGGAGAGGGCACUUCGCAGAAUUCAGGAGGAGAACAUGCUCAUACUGCGCCGCCUGGAAGCUGUGCGACCGACUCCGGGUCUGUCCAGAGCAGAGCUGCUCCUCCAGUACUCGCGCCAAGCAGCAUACAUGGGCGGCCCCUCCUGGGCCCCAAGCUCCUCGCCCCGCAGGGCCCGUCGCCUGGGGGUCCACAGCUCCGUCUAGAGCCCCCCCCCCCCACUGUCCCACACCCCACCACCAACUGAGGGUCUUCGUUACAACUCUGGAUACCCUAACCAAUUGAAGGCAGGUGCACCUCAAGAAAUGGAUGGCACUUAUCUUGCAGGUCUGAACCUAGGUUGCGUGCCAUCUGACACGAGUUUAAAGUUUUAUUAUUGAAAAUAAAAUAAAAAAUAUAACAUCACCGUCGGGCGCUCUACGGUGAUGCUACAAUGACGUCGCUACAUUGGAGCGUGGAACUGCUGUGAAGUGACGUCACGUUGACUUCACACGAGUGUCAUAGUGACACACUUGACCAUCAUUUCUAGAUGUAUUCUUUCUCAAUAAUGGCACAUCGAACUCGUAUCGAAUAUCUUGUAAUACACAGCCUGGGUAUGUAUCUACAACGUACAAGCUGCUUAUCUUUUUUGGAGGGUUGUAUCUUCCUUGAAGAGCCUCCUACCCUAAUGGGAAUUUUGAUGGUUAUUUUAAGGCACAUUUUUCAAUAUAGACGACCUCCUGUCUGCUAAGAGACCUUUCAUCCAACACAAAUGACUCACCUCCACCAGAGGGGUAUUCCCUCCACGGGGGUCCUAUUGCUCAUCCUAAGAGACUCCUCUUCACCUAAAUCAGGGGUCGGCAGCCAAAAUAACAAGAAGAUAAUUUCUCUUCGAAUUCAGUAAAAAAAAAAUAUCAAUAUCUCAAGAGCCACAAUGCAUGUGAUUAUGAGACGGUGGUCCUUUAUAAUUAACGUCACAAAGCGGUCCUUAAAGAGCCGCAUGCGGCUCCGGAACCGCAGAUUGCCGACCACUGACCUAGAUGAUUUUUCCUUCACCAAGGAAACCUAUUUUCUGCCAAAAUAAUUCUCUCUCCAACUGGAGGCCUUCUCCUCUACCUCGGAGAUCUCUAAUACAUUGAGAACACUCGACCACCAAGGGGCCUCCUCUCCCUCCCCUUCUCUCCUCCAACGAAGGGACCCCUCCACUCUACCCCACAGAAACUCUCAUUCCCUUCCAUGGCUCUUCAUCUCGGGACCCUCGUACAAGGCCACUGAGCAGCAGUCCUGUAUGCAGCUGCCCACUGUUAUCGUUUUAUGGGUGUUAUCUUUGACCUUGUCAGUGGAGGAACCUUGUAAAUGUGAAAGGGUGGGGAUGCUACUGCGAGUGUCGCUCCGAGCAGCCGCGCACACGCACGUCUAUACGCAGUGGUCUGUUCACUCACAUGUGUACAGCACACACCUACGGGUGCACAUACAGCUGUGCACGUACUCCCAUAGUUUGUUCCACGUAAUCAUGCGCACACAACACACAUGAUCAAGAUUCUAUGUGAAGCCUAUAAUGUCCGCUAUUAAUAUUCCAGAUAUUUAGGCAUUGGCUUAAUUUGGAAAGCAACACAAUUUGUCAAAACGACCUGCCUAUAUUUUACAAAAAAAGAGAUUUCGAUUAUGUGUUUAAUGAAUGAAAUGGCUACAGCAAAGAAUUGUAUUGAGAUUCAUACAAUUGGCUUUAAUCGGACCCGUUGGAAUUUGACAAAACAUUACCUGCUAGUAAGACUGUAUGGAAUUUAACAAAAGAUGUCAACAGGCAUGUUCCUGCUCCAUAUAUUAUUGCAGGUAAUUACACUGAUUACAAUUUCCUUAUUUAGGCACAUUGCUAUGUUGAUUUUCAUUAUAAAGUUUAGUUCCAAUAGUGCUCCCUACCUGCUGUUUGCCUGCCUGUUUAUUUCAUAGCUUUAAUCACGGUUUACCUUCAGUAGCUUCCCUAGGUAUGUGUAUAUAUAUAUUUCGAUUUAAAGCUUUCGUGACUGCAGGGAUUCAUCUUCUUGGUUCUUUCGGUAAAGUCACGUA